CUCCACUGAAGAGACGUGAGGACAUGAGGCUAACGCAUGACGAUAAAAAGUAAGAUUAACUUAAGGACAGAAAUACGGUAAUAAAUAUAUCCGUUGGGAAAUACUAAAAGUAUGAAGCACCGUUCAAGAUAUCAGAGUUAUUUUAGUUGAUUUCUUUACAGUUCGCGCGAGGUUGAUUGUCUGCGUUGCUCACUGCGUGGCUAGCUAGAUCUGUUAUUGCACUUGCUCGUAAAUGUUAAAUUAUCUGUUUAUCCAGUAAAAGAUUAUUAUAGUUUAGCAUAAUAUGAAAUGAAAAUACGAAAACGUUAUUAGAAUUUGUUUACUGUUGUGCAUUUCAUCUUUCCAUUAAAACAUCCAAAACAGUCGCUAAAUAUAUUGCAAGAUAAAAGCUCGUGCAUGUCAGCUUGACAUUGGGUUGCACUUGUUAUCUGAGCACUACUACCACAUGGGAACUCAUUUGUAUAGUAAAGCGUUGCUUUUUAGCUAAUUCAAGGGGCUUAAAACUGAAAGCAGCACUUCCCAAAGUCAAAUCUAUAUAUCAGAUUGCGCAAUAGUUGGUUCUAGAAACAAAGAUGUUCUCCUCCGUCCAGCAUCGCCCUGUAUGCAGCAUAGGUGCCAGAGCUGUUCGCCUGCAAAGCUUCAGCACUUAUAAACAAAGUAAUGUCACUGGUAAAAUGAUCAACAAAUCGUGGACUUUCUCUUGGAUGGGGCAGCGCGUGGGUCUGCUGCUGUCAUGGCUCCAGAAAGCAGGAAGAGAAACAAACAAACUAGCCUCUGUCAAGAAGAAAGAGAGACUGCUGUCUAUAUUCGCCAACCACUGUAGUUUUGUGACCGGUCAGAGGUUGAGAAGGGCUUUUCAGAUUGGGGAGUUGUAUUCAAACCUGUACUCCGAGAGAACCAGGUGGACACUGGUGGGCAGCAUAUGGCGGCGGCUGCAGAGCAAACAUGCCCCCACUGGAAAACUCAUAGCAGCACUGGCUGGAGUCUUCAUGUGGGAGGAUGAGAAGAUCCAAGAUGAUGAGCUGAAGAGGUGUGCGUGGGAGCUGCAUGCGUUGGAAGCUGUGAGAAACCAGAGAGGAACCUCAAAGACUGCUGUGGUUGUGGAUCCAGUAUGGGAGGUGGUCAUGGAAAAGAAAAACUUCAGAGUGUGGAGGAGACCGAUCCAGGGUAGCCAUCUGUUUGAGUACAGAGUGUUUGGUUCAUACACAGAUGUCACCCCCCGGCAAUUCUUCAAUGUUCAGUUGGACACGGAGUACAGGAAGAAGUGGGAUGCGCUGGUUAUUAAAUUGGAAGUAGUGGACAGGGAUGUCAACACGGGCACCGAGGUCGUUCAUUGGGCAACACAUUUUCCAUAUCCUAUGUACUCCAGAGACUACGUCUAUGUGCGCCGUUAUCACGUUGAUAUGGAGAACAACUUGAUGAUCUUAGUCUCCAGAGCUGUUAAACACCCCAGUAUCCCAGAGACCCAGGAAUUUGUCAGAGUUCACUCCUACCAGUCUAAGAUGGUCAUCCGCCCACAUCGAUCAUUUGAUGAGAAUGGCUUUGACUACCUGCUGACUUACAGUGAUGACCCUCAGACAGUCUUCCCUCGCUACUGCGUCAGCUGGAUGGUGUCGAGUGGCAUGCCAGACUUCCUGGAGAAGCUUCACACAGCUGCUCUCAGAGCUAAAAACAUGGACGUAGGUGUCCAGGACUACGUCAGCAUCGUCAAACCUACCCAGUCCACCCAAGAACGGCUAGGAGCUGACAACCCUCACACCAGAGGCCCAAGUCAGAUUUACGCCUGAGCGUGUGGCCACAAGGAAUAGUGGAGGGCUUGAAGUAAUGUUUUAACAUGAACCUAAACAGAAAGCUUUUGCUUAUGUGGGCAUUCACAGAGGCCACAAAGAAAUGUGAAAAAUUAUCUCCCUAAAACAAUUAAUGGGACUGUGCUGGACAUCUCAGCUGUUUGUUGUGUAAUUUUGGGCCAUUUGACCACACCUGCAUUAAAUGUGGUUACAUUUUGUGCUGUUUUGUUGCUUCCUCUUUCUGUGGAGUGCAUCUAAUGCAAACUGCUGAGAUGAGACGAAGUUACACCGAUAACCGUCAAUGCUCCUUCCAAAGCAGUAUUUUCCUCCACAUUUCUUUUAUCUUAGGCCAUGAGAUCAUCAGAAUCAAGCAUGGUGUUGAGCUACUAAAACCGAGAUGUUAGGAAAAAACAUUAACAUGCCCCUCCAGCUUGAAGUUGCUUGUACACAAAGCCAUGUUUUUUUCUUUGUGGUUCUCCUUUGUGACGUUCUGCCCUUGGCAGCACCAGACUUGAUCACUGUUGCCAUCAUUUACUUUGCAUUAGUGUGUGUGUGUGUGUGUGUGUGAAUGUUCACUGACAGAAAACCCAAAGAGCCUUCACAGGAUAACCGAUACCUCCCCCGGAGACAAAAGAGAUGUGUCUUAUACCAACCACAACAUCCUCACCAAUAGGCUCACCUUCCUGCUGUGCUGUAGAGGACUGUUUGAAAUCUCAAUAAACAACUUUUCUGCUCUGAACUCUAGAAAAUGUCUGCUAAACCAUUGCAUUUUGUGGGUCAGCGAUGCCAACGGACUCAAUGUCGAGAAAGUGGAAGAGGUGCAGUUUUGUCGGAAUACAAAUUCGCUUCAAGACAAAGAUUUUGUGCAAGUGCAAAAACAUUUUUGGGGGAUUUUUGUUUCUGGGAAUUCACUGUAGUGUGUGUGUGUGUUUGAUCUAUGUUAUACACAUUUAUACUUUCAAAAAUGUAAGAAAAAAACUUGUUAAAUAGUGAAGUGGUUCAGUCAAACAAAUUAAUUUGCUUAUUAAUGUAGAUUAUGCAUAAUUUGAAUCAUUACAUUUUGACUUCUUAAAUUGCAGACAUAAAUCAAAUUGCGUAUUAUGCAGUUUUGCUCUCCGUCCCAUUGUUUGACCCUUUUUCACACUGAUGUCUGUCAUAACACGCCAGUGAAAUUACAGUUACGAGAACAGAAUUUUGAAUCAAGGUUUUGUAAAUCAUCUGUGGCAAUUCAAAGGUACACGGCAAUUAUUUUUUUUUUUUUUUUUUUUUUUUUUUUGUCAUCUUAUGUCUGCUGAAGAGCAUUUAGAAGACUGUUGCUUUAGUCUAUUGAAUACCAAGGUCAGAUUUUAUUUUCUUGUAUAAUUAUUUUAUAACAUCCGCAUGACUUUUGUGUAAAUGAGGUAAUCGCUUAAAAAUGGCAUGACACUUUUCUUGCAACAUGCAGCACAGGAAAUGAUUGUAUAAUACAUUAGAGCUGUUCCUGAACAGUUUAUUAAUGAAAGUUGCAGUUGAAUAGGAAUAAGUUGGAAAGGAAUUACGAGUUGUACUUAGAAAUGGUCCCCAAGAACAUUCAGGUGACUCAUUAUGACACAGAUUGUUCAUUAUUAGGAACCAUAAUCAUGUCUGAAUUUUCCAUAUUCCCAACCAUUCAUGUUUUCAAUAUCUGCUCUUUACCAAAGGCAUAGGUAAACAUCAGCAUCAUAUUCACCCUUUAUGUCGUUUAUGUGAAAUCAUAAUUUACUCCCUUGUUUUCAGUAUAAUUUUCUUAUAUCUUUAAUUUGUGUCAAAAUCCCAUUGUCACUCCUUUGGGUUUUGUAAUGUUCAGACAGUGGCCUAAAAAAAUGUUUUUGUAUGUUCAGAAUGUAGAUAACACUGCCCUGUUUACAUCCCAGUCCAUUUAAGUCCAAGAAAAUUACAGCAAAAAUACUCUUUUGUAACAAUUUUUGUUGUUUUAUCGAAGACAAUCAGUUGUUAAUGAUUUCAGUGGCAUUUAGUGUUUUCUAAAUUUUGUUGACUGUUUAAAAAACAAUUGUUCACAAUGAUCAGUCAAAAGGUACAUCUUUUUGUUAAUUUCUACUAAUCUUUUAGUUUGUUAAAACGAAAAAAAAAAAAAAAGGUUUUCAGAAAUGCACUUAAAACGGAAGUCUAUGGGGCAAGUGCUUGUUGGGUCGCUUGAGGUGAAAUUAUUUUCUGUAGUAAUAGAGCUUCACUUGCUCUUUAACAUGGUAUAAAUGCAGUUGCAAAUACAAAUUACCAAACUUCCUGUUGCAGGAAUUGUUCCCAUUGUCAUAUUUAUCUUAAUUCUAUAUCUCAGUAAAGGGUUUUAAUGGGAGCAAUUUCAUUUUGCAUGCAUAUUGAAGAGCCAAUUCUGCAGUGUUUUCCCAUAUGCAAAAUAUAACAGUAUUAGAUUAUUCCCAGGAGAAUGACAUGACUGUUUUAUGGCAUGUCUGCCCAUCCUGAGGUCAUCUGAUGCAUUCUACUUGACGUUCGUCUAAAUGACAUACUGAAAUCUGAGAUAUUUCCACAUAUUCAUAAGACUGCAGCUCUGUGAAGUACUCAGCUUUUGAAUUGAAAGUAUCUGAUGCCGUAACAAAACAUGACUCGAUUGAAUGCAUUCUAUAGCAUUUUUUACAUUUCUACUAUCUAAGGUGUUCUUCUAUAAUUUCAGUUUGAUUAGUUUAUGAAUGAAUAAGUAGUAUAGAUGAAAUCAGGAGCAUGGCAAUUUCAUUUUUGGUCUAAUGUGAAAAUAAGCAUUGUAAUUAAUUCAUUGGUGACAAUAAAUAAUUAAAAGUAA